CUCAAUAUCAAGUUUAUAGUUACAAUAGAUGGAUUGUCUAUUAGUAAAAAUCAAAAACAAAAAGAAACUGCUGCAUUCUAAUAUUUCCCAAUAACUCUUCCUUUUGCACCGAUUUCUUCGGCUAAAUGGCGGCGACCAAACCGUACCGUUACUCAUACAGACCGUUCAAUGGAAAUAGGAAGUAUGAUCCGUACGGUUUGUGCGAGAAAGAUCCAUCGGAAGAAUACUUAGACUAUGGUACCCAUUGGACGUCCCAACCACAACAACAGGCACACGAAAACCAGACUUUGUCUCCUAUCCAAGAAUAUCAAUACAAUGGACACCAUUCCAGUUCUCAGUCCGACUAUAGCACACAACAUCACACUUACAAACAUGCUGAACCUGUGUAUUCUUAUGGUCAGAAUAAUUCCAUUGACCAAGUUGACUUCCAACAGACUUCUGACCAACAGCCCUAUCACACCUCCACUCACUACACACACAGUCAGUUGUCCAGUUCAAAGAAGUUUAAUAGCCAGCAAUCUUUUGACCAAACUGUUUACAGACAAACAUCUAGAGACGUCCAAGUACCAUAUGACUCUCACUCCCAGACGUACGGAGCCAAACAUUCACAGAAUGACCGGUUUUAUCAAGACAAAAUGUCUAAUGGUUACCAGAAAGAGAAUUCCAGUAAUAUGACUAACCAUUCUAACCAUAUUUCUUCUGAAUAUGAAAAUUCUCAGUACCACCAUUUGGAAUCUAACCAUUCUUACCACAAUGGUACGGUGUAUCAUAAUAAUAACGAAUACAAUCAGUCGGUUCAAUAUGACACGGCGAAACCUCAAGACCGAUGGUCUAAGGCUCUUGAGCAUGCUCGUAGCUAUUAUAGAAAUAUUGCAUUGUACAAUGGACAUAAUUCUUACGACUCAACCAAUUCUGUUUAUCAGCCAAGCCACCACGACCAUCACCAUCAGGACCCCCAACAUUCUGAUCACCAUGACCAUCACCACCAAACAGCUUCAACUACAAAAAUAUCCGAUAGGAAUUUUAACCCUCGUGAAAUGUGGAGCAAGGCUAUCUACCUAGCAAGCCCCUCCCAUAACAAAUACGACCCCUAUAAAAUGACCGGUGCUUACCAGGAAUCCAGCAAAACAGAUGCAUACAAUGAGAAAUCUCAAGGGUAUGGUCAGUAUGAAGGGUUUGGUCCUAACACCACUGGUGGCCACCACCACAGCUCGGCCCUCGGCUACAAAUCUUACCAAACAAACCCAGACUCUAUGGGAGCUUUUGAGGAGAAUAAUAAUAAUUACCAUAAUUACAACAGCUCUUUGGACAAUGGUAAUUAUUAUGGAACCGAGGAUUCCAAUAUGGAGAAUGAAGACCAUCAAUCAUAUUAUGAGGUUGAUCCCAUUCUGAUUGAUUAUUUAAAGUCCCUUGCACAAGUGUAUGCCAUGGAUGAGCGGCAGCAGUUGCUAUGGGAACAAGAGAUGUACAAUCAACUGAAAUACAAGAGCCCUCGUUCAUUCUUCCACACAUUUGAAGCUGAGUGUUGUCAGGCUGGUAUAAACUUUGCCAAUGAAGAUGAAGCAGCCAAGUUUGUACAGGUCGUCCGUAGUAAAAUCCUGGAGAGGCAGAAGAAGAAGGAAGAACGGAGGAACCAGCAGAAUGCUCAACGGAACCAGCAAGGCAACAUGACCCAGAAUAACGUCACUUUGAAUAAGGCACCUUUACAGAAAACCCCGGAUACUGGAGGCUCUACGCAACAUGGUACGCUGAAGAAAUCAACAAUAAAGAAAGAGAAGAAAAAGUCCCGCCUAACAAAACAAGACAUUGGACAACCUACCAACUUCCGACAUAUUAAACACUUAGGCUGGGACCCUGACUGUAAAAAAGUAGAUAUAAAUCAGAUGGAAGAACACAUGAAACAGCUUCUGGAAUCGAUUGGUCUGGCGUCGAGCCAGGAGGUGGACAAGGAGACCCUGACGUUCAUCUACGACUUUGUCGAAAAGAACGGAGGAAUCGAUGCCGUGAAGAAGGAGAUGGACCAGAAACAGCAUCCGCCGCCCCCACCACACACCCUACCACCUCGUCAUAUUGGGCCACCGACCCCAGCAAGGUCAGCUGCGCCACCACCCGUGCCUCCCAGUCGAUCCACAGCUCCCGUGCCCCCGUCUCGUUCAGUGCCUACACGAAACACCACUGCUCCCCCGCCGCCGCCGCCAGCACGCUCCAACCUCCCGCCUCCCCCAAAGGCUCCUGGCGCUCCGCCGCCUCCCCCUCCUCCCCCUCCACCGCCGCCCCCUCCUCCGCCACCCCCCAUGCAGCGGCAGCAGUCUGUGGAAGGCAGCGAUGCCGGCAGCUCGCCGUCCCAUGGCUUACCCCCGUUACCCCAACCCGGAAGGUCCGAGCCGGACGGUGGCAGGCCGAGUUCGGGCGAUUCAAAUCGAUCGGCCCUGCUGGACGAGAUCCAUCGUGGAGCACAGCUGAAGAAGGUCACCCCCAACAGCUCAUCGCAGCCGGCGUCUGAGGACAAGAGAGGCAACCUCAUGUGUGAGAUCCGCAAUAUUGGCAUGAAGAACUUGAAACCGGUGGAAGCCGGCACCCCGCAGUCCCCUGGCAUUGAGGACACUGGAAUUGUCGGAGCAUUGUCCCGAGCACUGGCCAACAGAAAGAAAACCUUGCAAGGAUCUGAUGGUGAAAGUGAUGAGGAAGACAGCGAUGAUGAUGAAAAUUUGGACGAUGAUUGGGACGACUAAAUUAGAAGUUGGUAUUGAACCUACUGAGGAUGAUGAUGGUGGUGGUGGUGGUGGUGGUGGUGGUGAUGAUGGAGAUAAUGGUAAUGGUGGUGGUGGAGAAGCGAAUGUCCUGCAUACCAGAUCCCUUUUUUUUUGUGUGUGUGUGUGUGCAGGACCUAUAUAUUUUGCCUUAUUAGUCUGCACACAUUUGCUCAUUGACAUACUACUACAACCACAACACCAACUGUUACUACUACUACUAUUGUUACUAAUCACUGCAGGACAACCGCGAGAAUAUUCCGAGGACUUCUUCGACGUUGUCGUCAAGUGGGAAACGGUUUCGCUGCUCGUUCCCCCACCCCUUCCCCCUUCACUAUUGCCACCACCACUUACAACAACAAUAAUACAUACAAUAAAAAAAUAUAUAAACCAACCAGAAACUUCCAGUUCUCCAAACGAGUUCUAACCAACUUCUUUUUUUUUUAAUUUUUUUUUUUUUGUAAAUUUUUUUAAGAAAACCAUGUAUUUUGUAAUUUCAAUUUAAUCAUGACCAUGCGCACCCCUACCUCCAUCCUCGACCACACCAACACACACACACAUCAGAUAAACAGAAGCUUGUUUCCUUGGAAAUAAAAUGGCUGAUGACAACAAUAAUAAUAAUAAUAAUAAUAAUGGUAAACGAAUCUGUAUUAUAGAUAUUGCAGAAAGGUUGUUAUACUCUUGGAAUUGGCAGAACUUCAGAAGAAAUAUUUACCAUGGAGGCAGGGGUUUGGGGUGGGUUAUGGUUUGUCUUUGAGUCGAAGUGGUUUAACUUCAGUUGACUUUGUUUUAUCGUCACCCCCCUUCUUUCAGGAGGGAAACAGUUGAUAAAAGUUAUUGCCUGUCUGAAAGAAACUAUGGCAGAUCACUUCUUAUUGAAGUGCUUACCAAAAAUGGACAAAAAAAAAAAAUUGGUAGUUAUUAUAAGAAUGUAAAAAUGUUUAAAGAAUAAAUAGAAAAAAAAAUUUUUAAAGCAUUGAUGCCCCAUCUCCAUAAUGGCCAAAAUUUGCUGCUCUGGAAAUACUACAAAUGGAAUAAAAGAAAAAUAUAUAUAUAUAUAUAUAUAUAUGUGUGUGUAUAUAUAUAUAUAUAGUCAUAUAUGUAUGUAUAACAAAAUAAAAGUCAUUUUAAUCAACAACAAAAAAAUUAUUUGAGUAAUUGACCGGAAGGGUAGGAGCUUGUCCCCCUCCCCCCGUUACUCCUCUUCCUCCCACCCAUAUCUCCCCCCUCUUCCCCUCCCCUCCGCAUUAUCAUUGUAAAUUCUUCAGAAAAGAAUUAUUUUGUGUAAAGUCUGGUAUGUUAAAUUGCUAGAACUUAACAAGAACAGAGGAGGGGGGGAGAUGAUUUU